AUAAAUACAUACAAUCUUUCGCUCCUCUAAGACCACCACCACCAAUAUACCCAAAAUUUUAAGAUCAGAUCACAACACAAAGUCAAUAAUCCAAUCCCGAAAAAAUACACCUUGAAAAACAUUGAAAGAUCCUAGUAAUGGUUUCAACGGUUUCGAGUUCAUGGGGUAGAGCUCUGGUUCAGAUCUCCCCAUAUUCCUUUGCCGCUAUUGGUAUCGCCAUCUCCAUUGGUGUUUCUGUUCUUGGCGCUGCUUGGGGUAUUUACAUUACUGGGAGUAGUUUGAUUGGUGCUGCAAUUAAAGCUCCUAGAAUUACAUCAAAGAAUCUGAUCAGUGUAAUCUUUUGUGAAGCUGUAGCUAUAUAUGGAGUAAUUGUGGCUAUCAUUCUGCAGACAAAGCUAGAAAGUGUUCCAUCAUCUCAGCUCUAUGCACCCGAGUCACUUAGAGCAGGAUAUGCAAUCUUUGCCUCUGGGAUUAUCGUGGGCUUUGCCAACCUUGUCUGUGGGCUAUGUGUGGGUAUCAUUGGAAGCAGUUGUGCUUUAUCUGAUGCUCAAAACUCUUCAUUAUUUGUGAAGAUUUUAGUGAUCGAGAUUUUUGGCAGUGCUCUUGGGUUGUUCGGUGUGAUUGUUGGCAUCAUCAUGUCAGCCCAAGCAACAUGGCCGUCAAAGGCUGCUUGACUUUCGCUACUAAUCAGAAAUUUAUCUAAACUAGGGAACCUCACUCAUAGUUCCAUGAAACCAUGUGCAGUAGCUGGAACGCACUUCAUGUAGUCGAAUUCAUUUUAUUGUUUUGUAAAUCUUAAAACAUAUUUGGGUAGCUCUCUUGUACAACGGAAAAAGGAAAGUGAGCAUAACAGAGUGCUUUGUGGUAGAUUUUUGUGGUCUAAGUUCUUGAAUAAUGAGGCUGGAGCUCGUUGCGUGGUUUCCGACUACUUUAAAAACUGGAAAAUGAUUAGUACUUUGUUUAUCCA